AACCACACGGCCGUGGCCCUCAGGGCCAUGAAGGUGCCCGUCGGGGCCGGGAGGUUCAAGGGACUCACAGUUUCGCUCUGGGACCUGCUGCACUCGGAGUACGUGGGCGACCAUCCGGGGGCUGCGCAAGCAGGUGUCGGCCGGCGACCUGUUCCGGUCCCACGUGAUUGACAAGAAGACCCUGGACGAGCUGAACCAGGGCACGAGGACGGUGCAGGAGGUGACCGCCAUGGACAGCGUGCGGACCUUCCUGGAGGGAGGCAACUUCAUCGCCGGCGUCCUGGUCCAGGCCACGCAGGAGCGGAUGAGCAUCUCGGAGGCUCUGGGCAGGGGCCUCCUGCGGCCGGGCACGGCCCUGGUGCUGCUGGAGGCCCAGGCGGCCACCGGCUUCCUCAUCGACCCCACAGAGAACCGGAAGCUGACCGUGGAGGAGGCCUUCGGGGCGGGGAUGUUCGGCAAGGAAACCUACCAGAAGCUGCUGUCGGCCGAGCGGGCGGUCACCGGCUACACCGACCCCUACACCGGGGAGCAGAUCUCCCUCUUCCAGGCCAUGAAGAAGGAGCUGAUCGUGCGGGCCCACGGCAUCCGCCUGCUGGAGGCCCAGAUCGCCACGGGCGGCAUCAUCGACCCCGUGCACAGCCACCGCGUGCCCGUGGAGGUGGCCUACAAGAACGGCUACUUCGACGAGGAGAUGAACCGCGUCCUGGCCGACCCCAGCGACGACACCAAGGGCUUCUUCGACCCCAACACGCACGAGAACCUCACCUACAUGCAGCUGCUGGAGCGCUGCGUGCGCGACCCCGAGACCGGCCUGCGCCUGCUGCCGCUGAAGGGGGCGGAGAAGGUGGAGGUGGUGCAGGCCACACAGGUGGACACGGAGAAGGAGAAGCGCAAGGCAGCUGUGGUUCCGGGGCAUCCGCAAGCACAUCACGGCCACCGAGCUCUUCCAGGCGGCCAUCAUCACCCAGGAGACGCUGCGGCAGCUGGAGGGACCAGCCCGGGAGGCGGGAGAAGAUGA